AUGAUAUCGGUAAGAUUUCAUGGAACUACAGCAUAUCUCAUCGACAAAAGUCUUAUACCACUAGUUUUGUUAUGGAUUGACCCGGUUGUUGGAUAUAAUUUCAUAACAUAUGGUUCAUUCGAUACGGAACGUUGCAAUGAAGGCUUACUUUACAUCGUUCAGAAACCGAAGGACUUCAAUACAAAGAGAUAUAAGAUAGGAAGAACAUUUAAUAUAACUCAAAGAUAUGACAAUACAGUCAAUAGAGUUAAGGUUGUGUUCGUUAAUGAUAUGAGAGCUGCUGAAACAGAACUACUUGAAAAGUUUGAGAAAAUGUAUGGUGCUCCCAUAAAAGGUAAAGAAACGUUUGAAGUAGAUGAGAUCGACAAAGCUAUAAAAUUAUUUGACGAAGUUGCUGAAAAAUACAUGUAA